UUACGAACACACCUGGACUUCAAACGACGAUCGAUCAUCCUCUGAAAUACAAGAGGAAAACCCUACGCUGUGCCCAUGCGAUUGACCCUUCGCACUACUAUUAAUGCGGUUCCGCGGGUUUCUCCAAUGAUGGCAGGGACUCUCCGCAUGAUCUCCUGGGAGAAAUCUGCAGAAGCGAAGUCAUCAACAGGUGAUGCGGAAAGCAGUGACGAGGAUGAUCCGGAGAUCUUGAAAUCAGCACGACAACGUGUUUGUUACCCGCCGCCCAAAACGAUAGCGAGAACGAUGCAACUGACCAGCCGAAAAAUUCAAAGGACCAAGGCGAUGAUCUUGGGCGAGCCCCUUGUGCAGAUUUCGAGGAUGGUCGAUUCUUUGGAACCCCCUCAAAUUGUGUACGAAGGGAUCACCCCUCUUCUCGUCCGAUACGGCGACAAGAAGCAUUACUGUGACAUUACGGAUCUACCCAAGUCCUUACUAACCUCGGCUAAAGAAGUGAGAUUGUUACGUUUGGGGGCGGAAGCAAGCUCUCUGGAACCCCUUGGGCGUUUUGAAGCAGAAACAGACGGACUGGGGAUAAAGAUCGCAACUAAGGAAGUGCCAUGGCAAUAUGUUUGUGAUGGGAUUACCCCAGACGGACACGUGGCAAUCCGAGAAGAAGAUGCUCAGAUGAUGGCCACGGUGUUCUCCUGGCGAUCGGAUCAUUCAUUCAUCUUGGCGCCUCCACCCGACUUGACAAAACAGGCGAACAGGAAACAGAUUGACAUUCGGAUCUGGGACCAAAUUUUUGAACUGCACGUUCCACAAUAUGUGCCGGAUGAAAUCCAAUUUGUCGAGCUCUCGUUUUGCCUGCUACGAGUGGAUCUGAACUGGACGUGGGAAGGCGAUCAGAGGCCCGCGUCAGAGAUUGUGGAGUUGCUCGUCAUUCUGGCGUGGAGGACCAACAUGGCGGAAGAUCUUCUGGGAUUCGUCUUUGGAGCAGUGGAUCGGGGAAACAGAUCACAGAUCGUGCGCGAACUUACGAUCGUGAUCGAACUUACGAUCGUGAUCGCGCGAUUGGCCGACGAACUCCCUCUCGACAUCGUCUCUCAGAGCGACGAAGAACCCGUGCCACAUACCCUCUCAAGGACUCUCGCCCCGAGCCUCCAGUGGUCGGCUUGUAUCGAGGAGCACUGGGCGGACGACCGUUUYCCCUCCCGUAGCGAGUACCUGGACAUCCACAGCCUGACUAAUCCCCGCUUCUUUCGGCAACCAACGGCGUUCGAGUGGGCAGCGCUGAGAGCAGAAGAGGGGGCCGAAGAGGAAUCGGAAGGAGAAUUGAGGAGAGAGGCCGGGGAAGCAGCGGCCCGAUUGGCCGAGGACGAGAAAGAAGAGCGCAAAGCAGAAGAAGAGUCGGCGGAAGCUGAAGAAGAAGAAGAAGAAGAAGCCGAGGAGGAGACUUUGGAGGAAGAGGAAGAGGCCUAUAGCGAGUACAGCGAGGGCGAGCAAAGUGAGGAGGAGGACGAAGACGACGAAGAAGUGGAAAGUGGGGACGACCAGGAGCCAAUGCACGACGAGCUCGAGUGGGUGCCAGGACCGGAUCGGCGAGAGGAGAACCCAGAGGCUGCUGCGCAGCGCAAGAAAGAGAUUGCGGAAGGAAAGCGGCUGGCGAUCGAUCCCGCACCGAACGAUCCUUUCAAGGAUCCCGAGCCACCCAAGCCGGAACAUGGAGACCUUGCUGCCACGACCUCGGGAGUCGCGACGACAAGGCGCCGAUCCCGAUCCCGAUCCACGUCCCCCUGCGCCUCCGCCCGUCCCCCAAUUCGUCAACGUGUCAAUGAGGGGAUUAGCCCUUCGUCCCCGAUCCAUAUACCACCAUCCCCUUAGCUAUCUCUCUUUCAAUCAGUAUUUCCAUCGCGUCGUCUACCCCCGUAAUCCCUUCCCCAUCGCCACCUUUCGAC